GGGACAGCUCCGGUAGAUGGCACACGGGGCCAGCGCUCCGAAACCCGACACUGGCAGACACUCCCCGAGAGCCAGGGGCCGAGCAGGAACCAGGAAAUACAAGCUCAGCCCGCCCGGGGAGCUCGGCAUCGCCGGGGAAGGAGCAGCGACAUGGGCAACCUGUGCGGCUGCGGCCGGCGCUGGAAGUGUCCUUCACCUUUCAAGAGGAAGAAGGAGAAGCAAGGAGCUAAUGGGAGGCACGAGGCUCAACAGCAGCAGCCUGGCAGGAAGCAGGCUGUGCCAGGCGCGGUCCCCACGUAUGAAGACGUGCCAGAGGUGCCCGUGUAUGCCACGCUGGGCGGGCCCAGGGCCGGGCAGCAGGAGGACAGCAUCCACUACGCCGACAUCCAGGUGCUGUCCAGGGCAGGGCAGCGCUCGGCGGCCGAGCUCAGGAGCCUGCAGCUGCAGAACUCCACCGAGUACGCCACGCUCAACUUCCCCAGGGCCAGGCUCAAGUACGACAGCAAAAACGGGACCUUGGUCUAAAGGACUCCGUGGCCUCGCCCUCGUCUUGCAGCAGGAAGAGGAGGUCACAGCUGUGGGUGCAAGGAGACCUUGUGAGCACGGCUGGGAGUUGGGAGAGGUGUGUGUCCCACCUCGGACGUUCUCACUGAGGAGUUUCCCGUCUGAUUGUGCGGGGAAAAACGCCUGCUCCCCUUGGGGGAGCUGUCCCUGGAGCUGGCAGCCAGCUCCUGCCAGCCCUGCCAGGUGGCUGAGCUGCUGAAGGCUCAGGGCUGCGGGCAGAAAAUCCCUGCUGUGGCACAGCUCCAGCCUUUGGGGGUGCUGCUCUGGGAGUCCAGGAGUUCAGCACUGAAGGGACGUUUUGGUGCUGCCUUUGUGGAUUCAAGAGUUCAGCACUAAAGGGAGGUUUUGAUGCUGCCUUUGGGAAUUCAGGAAUUCAGCACUAAAGGGAGGUUUUGGCGCUGCCUUUGGGAAUUCAGGAAUUCAGCACUAAAGGGAGGUUUUGGUGCUGCUCUGGGAAUUCAGGAAUUCUGGACUAAAGGGAGGUUUUCAUGCUGCUUCUGGGAAUCCAGAAGUUCAGCACUGAAGGGACGUUUUGGUGCUGCCCUUGGGAAUCCAGGAAUUCAGAACUACAUGGGAGGCUUUGGUGAUGCCUUUGGGAAUUCAGCACUAAAGGGAGGUUUUGGUGCUGCUCUGGGAGUCCAGGAGUUCAGCACUAAAGGGACAUUUUGGUGCUGCUCUGGGAAUUCAGGAAUUCACGACUAAAGGGAGGUUUUCAUGCUGCUUCUGGGAAUCCAGAAGUUCAGCACUAAAUGGAGGUUUUGGUGCUGCCUUUGGUAAUUCAGCACUAAAGGGAGGUUUUGGUGCUGCCUUUGUGGAUUCAGGAAUUCAGCGCUAAAGGGAGAUUUUGGUGCUGCCUUUGUGGAUUCAGGAAUUCAGCACAAUGGGAGAUUUUGGUGCUGCCUUUGUGGAUUCAGGAAUUCAGGACUAAAGGGCACAGCACCUGGCAGCCAGAAAUGCAGAAUUAGGAGGGUGCAGAACCAUUUCUGUCACUGAUGGGCUGUUCAGAGGUGCACCCUCACUCCUCUGUGCAAACAAGUGAGGAGAGAGCUCCUGGCUGGGACUGGAAGUGAAACCAGGGGAAAUUGGAAGUUUAGCUGCCUCUGUUUAGGGCACUUCUCCAAGUCCAGCAGCUGCCUGGGACACUGGGAAUGAACCCUGGGCAGCUUCAGAGGAGACUUUGGACUUUGCUUCCACUUUUCCCUCAUUUUGUGCUGCCAGCCCUGGUUAUAAACCCAGUGACACAGAGCACACACCUCGUGGGGCCAUCAGCUCCACCUCUCUUUCUGGGUUUGAAAUAGUGUCCACAAUUCAGCGUAGCAAUGGUGCAAACUGGGCAGCACUGGGAGGGCACCAGGGCUCCCCAAAGCCCCUCUGCAGGCACUAAAGCAAGGCCUGGCACGUUCUGCUGCUCAGUCAGGGCCUGCAGAGCAGCUUCUGGGGCAGCCCCGGGCACUGGCAGAGUUUGGAGAUGGUUUCUUUUAUAAACACACAGAACUUUGCAGUUUAUAACUCAGCUAGGUGGGAAAAGCAUGAAGGAGCUCCUGCUCGUGGUGAAAAAUAAAGCUGCUCUUUAUUUUUCUGUGCUGUGCUUGCCAAGGUGGAAAUGUUUGAGGACCAAUCUUCCCUUUUUCCUACGUGUUUUAAUGAGUGCCCGAGCCCCUGGAAUGGUUCUUUAUCUCCCAUUCCCCAAGGAGCUCCGGCUUCCACACCACCCUCGGGGCCGUUCCUGGAAGGACAGCUCAUCCUAGAGACAAUUCCACGCUCCCAUUCCGGUGAUUUCCCCAGGUUUUCCGUGGGGAAUUGUGGAAUCCACGUGUUCUGCAGUAGAGAUUUUCCUGAAGGACUCUGUUUUGCACUGAAUAUUAAAAUCUCCCGCAGUGCCCGCGCCUGCCGUGUGUGCCAGACGAGAGCUGAUGUAUCAUUAAAGAUGCGAUAUUCAGUUUUAAGUGAGGAAUCCGCACUUUGGGCGAGGCUUUGCGGGGCUGGGGGAACACACAGGGUCCCGCUCGGGGGGCGGCGGUGCGGGGCUGGGCAGGGGCUUCCCCGAGCUGGCUCCGACCCGAUCCCGAUCCCGAUCCCGAUCCCCAUCCCGGCCCCCGAUCCCGGGGCGGAGCCAGCGCCAUCCCGCCCCAUCCCGCCCCCGUUGCCGUGGCAACCGGAGACGCGCCGGGAGCAGGUAGGGCCGGGAGUGCG